AUGCGAGACCUGGGGAUGUACCUUCAAGGGUACGAGGCUGGAGGGACCCAGGAGCCGAAGAAGGUUACGGGCGGACUGAUGGGGGUUCCGGUGGGUACCAAGUACAACUCGCGGGCGGAGAUGUUCGCGUGCGGGAUGCACAUGCACUGGCUCGCCGGCAUCGCGACGUAUAAGACGGCGAGGGAGAAAGGAAAGAAGGAGGUGGUGGUCGCGAACUCGAUCGCGAUGAGCGGCGGGUUCGAGGAUGACUUGGACGCGUCUGAUCGAUGCCCGUACACCGGCGCCGGGAUGAACGACCUGCUGCACACGGGAAGGCAAUACGCGGACCAGUCCAUCUCCGAGAACGCGUCGAACCGCGCGAUGGCGGCGGCGUGCGACUUGGGCCUCCCCAUCCGCGUCGUGCGAGGCGCCCCGGACAAGGACUCGUUCUCCGGGAAGGUGUACACGUACGACGGUCUGUACCUCGUCGAGUCGUAUCACCUCGUCGUCGGGAAGAGCGGGUACAAAGUCGCGCGGUUCGAUCUCGUGCGUCUGGACGGGCAGCCCCCGGUGACGUCCGCGAGCGUGCACUUCAAGCAGAGCCGCUCCGCGCUGCCGGCGAAGCAGCGCCCGGAGGACCGCCCCGGGUUCGUGAUGGCGGACCUGUCCCUGGGCACCGAAAGUCUCCCGGUGUGCGUCGUGAACGCGUUCGACGAGAGCUCGCCGCACUGGGCGCCGCCGCCGCGGCCGCUGAAGCUCCCGCCCGGGUGCGACUCCGUGGAGAAGAUCAGCGCGUUCUUCCUCGAAACGUUCCCCCGAAGCGGCGGCGUGCCCCCGAAGGAGGCGUUCGCGUACCUCCCGUGCGGGGUGGUCGCGCGGUCGGCGUCCAGGGUCCCGGCGCCGCCGCCGCGGACGCCGACGUCGAGCGAGCUCCGGGCGCUCAACGCGUGCACGCUGAAGGAUCCGACCAGAGGGCCGUACGACGCCAAGGGGACGCUCGUGAACGACGGGUGCCUCGUGUACGAGGGCGAGCCCGGGUACGUGCGCGGCGAGCCGGUCAAGUGCGGGUCGAACGCGACGAGCGUCGGGUUGACGCAUCGGAUGGAGGUGUUUCGCACGGAGGGCAAAGGGUGGGGCGUGCGGUCGUGGGAUCCGAUCAAGGCGGGCGAGUUCGUGUGCGAGUUCACGGGCGAGAUGCUGACGCACUCGGAAGCGGAGAAGCGCGGCGAGCACGAGCACGAGGACGCGUACGAGGGCGCCGGGGAGUACGACGAGUAUUUGUUCGGGUUAAACCCGAGCCACCCGGAGCCGCUGGCGGCGUUGCUGAAGGGCGAGUACGACGACGAGGACGUGAAAAAGUUCAAGGCCAGCGGUCGGACGACGCCGACGCCGACGCAGGUUCAGAAACUCCUCGACCUCGCGGGGCUCAGCGCCGCGGACGCGGAGACGCAGUUCGAGCUCGACGGCAAGCGCGCGGGGUCGUUCGCGCGGUUCAUCAACAGCUCGGACCAGCCGAAUUUGUUCGCGCAGGCGGUGGUGACGGGUCACCUGGACCCGAGGCAGUGCCGGAUCUGUCUGUUCGCGUGCUUCGACAUCCCGGCGAUGACGGAGCUGUCGUACGACUACGGCAGCGAGUACCAGACGAAUUUGUUGGGGGACGAGUACAGGGAGCAGCUCGCGCGCGGGUCGAGGUAG